AGAUCAAUUCUGUCGUAGAAAUUAGAAAAUUCAAAACAUAGAAUGUUUCGUAUUUACUAAGUAGACAAGUAGUAAGUACUUACCUUAGUUACUUUAGUUUACUUAUUUUACUAUCUUAGUCUGAGGCCGUGGUCCGUGCGUUGUAUUCUUGUCUAUGAGUUAAAUUACCUAUUCAAAUAUUAUUAAAUAUUUCAUUUUUUACAUUUUAGCAUURCAUUAGUAAUUUAUUAAUCAUUAUACUAUCUAUUUAUAUAAAUAAGUAAAUGAAUUUUAAACAAAUAAUUGUUUCUGGAUUCAUUGCAUUCUCUACAUAGUUAUUUUAAAAAAUCUUGUUAAAAUGUUUCAAAUUACAAGACGCAGUGCAAAAUUAUUUAGUACAAAUUUAAAUGCUUUAAGAAAAUAUGCAGAUAAUGUUUCAACUCUAAAAGGCGGCGAAAAUAUUUUGUAUUCGUCAUUACAAAAAAAAUUUCCACAAGCCAAAGAAAUUAAAAUCAAAGAUAUUUCUGGUGGUUGUGGUGCAAUUUUUGAAGUAUUUAUUUCCACAACAGAAUUCAAGGGAAUGAGUAUGGUAAAACAACACCAACUUAUUAACGAAGUUUUAAAAGAUGAAAUUAAGUCAAUGCAUGGGAUACGAAUACAUACAGAAAUACCAGUUGAAAAUAACAAAUAGUAUUAAUUAUGUGUUAAGAAAUAAAAUAGUUAUUGUAAAAUAGAAUAUGACUUUUAUGUUGUAUACAUAUUUUUCACUAUAGAAAUAUACUUCAUAUGUGGAGACAUUA